AUGGCUCAAAGAUUUGGUAAUUUCGAUAUUCAUUAUAAUAAAGAUGUUGAUGAAGUAGAUGAAGAUGGUGUUUUAAUCAUUAGUGAGAAGAAUAGAAAACAAGCUAAAUAUCCUGACUUUUUACCAACAUGGGAUCCAAGACAAAAGUAUCCUCCAUUGAAAUUUGAAAAACAUAUUGAUCCUGCAACUAGAGCUGAUCCAAAUUUCCCAAACUUAUUACCAAAAGAUGGUUCUCAAACUGUUAAAAGAAUCACACCUAAAUUUGGCACAGAAAUUGAUGGUAUUCAAAUAUCACAAUUAAAUGAUGCUGGUAAAGAUGAAUUAGCCUUGUUAUUAGCUCAAAGAAAAGUUUUGGUAUUUAAUGAUCAAGAUUUUGCAAGUAAAGGUCCAGGAUUUGCAGUUAAUUUUGGUAAAUAUUUUGGAAAUUUACAUAUUCAUCCAAGUAGUGGUUCACCAAAGGGAUAUCCUGAAUUACAUAUCACCUAUAGAAGACCAGAAAAGGGACAAGUCAAUGAUAUAUUUUUAGAUCGUACUACACAAACAAGCUUUCAUUCUGAUGUUACAUAUGAAAUUACACCUAGUAAAUUUACUGUUUUCCAAGUUUUAGAAAGUGGUGAUGGUGGAGAUACUGUGUUUGCAGAUACAGCCGAAGCUUAUAGAAGAUUAUCCCCAGCUAUGCAAAAAAGAUUAGAAGGUUUACAUGUUUUACACACUAGUCAAGAUCAAGCUGCUAACGCUACUUAUAACGGAGGAGUUGAAAGAAGAAAAGCUGUUUCCAAUAUUCAUCCUUUAAUUAGAUUGGAUCCUGUUACUAAAGAGAAAUCAAUCUAUGUGAAUAGAGCAUUUGGUAGAAGAAUCGUUGAAUUGAAGAAAGAAGAAAGUGAUUACUUAUUGGAUUUCUUGUACAACUUAAUUGAAAGAAGUCAUGAUUUACAAUUAAGACUUAACUGGGAAAGAGGAUCUAGGAAUAAGCUAAUUUUUUUCCAAAACAACAGUGUUUCACAUUCAGCAAAUUUUGACACUGAUGACGGUGUUGUGAGGCACGCUUUCCGUAUUAGCUGCUUGGGUGAGAGGCCUAUUGCUGAUCUAGAGGACUUGAACAAAGAAGAAUAUACUCCUGGUGAUUUAGAACAAGCUUUGAAUCAUAUUAAACCAAUUUAA